ACAACCACUAGUCACACAUUCAAUUCCCGCACAACCUUCACAAGAGCUCAAGUCCUUGAAUAGGCUACUCUUAUUCUUAAACGAUGAGAGACGACGAGAAAGUUGACCCAGCUGAAGCGCUACUUGAAGCGCAGCAAGAACUCGCUACACUUCAGAGGCAGUACAGAUGCCUGUGUAACGACAAGAAGAGUUACACGGAAGAGUGCGAGAUUGUCAUCUGGAGACAGGAAGACACGAUCCAGGCACUACAAGCCGAGCGCACCGAGCUGUUGACGUUCUACAAGGUAGCGGGACGGAAAUACAACGAGUGCUUUGACCUGAAUAAUCUACAAGACAUAAAUGAAUUGAUGGAUAGGGAGGAUCAAUUAAAGGUUGACAUAGCGAGAGAGCGCAUGCGCGUGGAGGAAGUGGAGAAGCAGGUGCGUGUCAUGGAGGCUCAGAUUAAUGACCAGCGGAAGCGCACGCGCGGUAGCAAGGACGUGGCAAAUCAUAAACAAGUCUUGGUCCAGAAACAGAUUCGCGUUCUACAGAACAGACUGGACAACAUGAGCAAGAAAUUUAACCAUGCCAUGACGAAUAACCGACAAAUGAGGGAAAACAUAGAGCACGUACUGGGACAGAAGGCGAGAUUUAGAUAUCUGGACAAUAAGUUACAGCAAAAGUUGAACGAGGGCAAAGCAGAGAUCCAGAGAAUCUCACAAAUCGGGACGGCCCAGUUCACUUCGCGCGACGAAGCUCAACACCGCAUGGCGUCCCUGAGAGAGCGCAGCGAGAGAGACGUAACCAUGUACAACCUGGCGAUCAAGGACGUUCUACGAGUCAUCGACCACGACAACAAACUGCGCGAGUUCAUGAGCACAAAGGCGGAGGACCGCGCAAGCCUACUGAUUGAGGAGAUUAAGACGCGAGAACUGAGGCGCAUCGGUAAUCAACUGGGAGGGCUGAAAGACCAGGUAUCUAAGUACGAGCAUAUCUUCGGCAAGAUCAAGGAAGCCGCCGGCAUCUACAACACGGACACUCUGGUCAAGUCGUUCAUCGAAAACGAGGACAAGAACUUCGCGCUGUACAACUACGUGAACGCGAUGGGUCGCGAGGUGGAGAACCUGAACAAUGACAUCACGUACCUGAAAGAGGAGAUCGAGCUGACAAAGAGGGAGGAUGUGGAGCAUGAUUACAGACGAAAGAAGAUCCUACGGGAGAUGGAGGGCAAGCUAGACGCCGUAAGGUCACGCACUGCCUUGUUGAACAGCACGUGCAAAAAAGAGCGGCGGAUCCUCGAGCAAGUCAAGCCACGCAUCGAGAAGCUCUUCAGUACCAUCAAAUGCGACCGCAACAUAAUCACGGAGAUGCUGGGAGGCGGCGCGACCGUGACGGACUAUAACAUGAUGCUGUACCUGGGCAUCAUGGAGCACAAGUGUAACGAACUCUUGCAGGUUACCACGCUACUCAAGGUCAAGAGCGCAUCUGACGAGCAGAAGGAAGCACUGUGGGAGGCCCUGUUCGGACUAACGCCACUUCCGGCCCACGGCAACCUGUCAAUCAACGCGCCUCGCAUUGAAGACGAGGCUGACCAUCUGAUGCAAGUGGCUCGAUACAGUGAAUACAAGCCGCUGACCAAGGAAGAGGUGGGCAUCUUAUUGCGCACGGUAUUCGGGGUGGACUGGCAAGGCCUACAGGGGUUUCAGCCAUGAAAGCGAAACAAUUAAAACGAUAAGGGCUUAUACAUUUAUGCUGGGACUUUUGUUAUGUAAUCAUAGCUGUGUUUAGACUUUUGGAAUCAUAUUGUGAAAAACCGUCCAUUAAAAACAAAUUGAGUCGU